AGCUGGACUGGCCAUUAUGGAAGAAGAGGUACAGCAGCACUCACACUGUGUGAAUUGUAUUAGUAGACGGUGUAUGACCAGACCAGAGCCUGGGAUUGCCUGUGACUUGAUUGGUUGUCCAUUGGUUUGUGGAGCAGUUUUCCAUUCUUGUAAAGCUGAUGAACAUCGACUCUUGUGUCCCUUUGAACGAGUACCUUGCUUAAAUAGUAACUUUGGAUGUCCAUUUACCAUGGCACGAAAUAAAGUUGCUGAACAUCUAGAAAUGUGUCCUGCAAGUGUGGUGUGCUGUACUAUGGAAUGGAACCGAUGGCCAGUUAGUUACGCAGACCGGAAAUCUUAUGAAAAUCUAAGCAGAGAUGUUGAUGAAGUGGCACAAUUAGACAUGGCCUUGGCUCUUCAAGAUCAAAGAAUGCUUUUGGAAUCUCUCAAAGUUGCCACCAUGAUGUCAAAAGCAACUGAUAAAAUAUCUGAACCCAGAGAACAAAUUUCAGUGAAAUCAAGUGUUCAGGAAAUACCAUGUACUAAUGGGUUGGUAUCUGUUGAUGAAGAAUCAUAUGGUGCACUUUAUCAAGCCACUGUAGAAACAACUAGAAGUUUGGCUGCUGCUUUAGAUAUCCUGAAUUCUGCCACAAGAGACAUUGGCAUGUUAAAUACAAGUCUUUCUGCUACCACAGAUGAGAUGGAUGAGAAUAACAGAGAGAGCUUCCAGGAAAGAAACUUAAAAAGCCAGGACCACCUUUAUGAGGAGGAGAUGGGGGCAGUAGGUGGAGUUGACCAUAAUGGCAUAAGCCAGAAUGCUCAGUCUGAACAAAAUGGGUCAAGUGAUUUACUAUGUGAUUUAAGUACAAGUUCUCUUGGUACUGCUGCUCUCUGUAAUGGCUUUCCUUUGGAAAAUAUGUGUUCACAGAUCAAAGAGCAGGAUCAAAAAUUUCCAGGUGAUUCUAUAGACAAUAACAUAGAAAAUGGAGAGUGUGCAGCAGCAGAUGGUACUUCAGAACCUUCCAGUUCACUUUUAGUAGCAGCACAACUUAGGGAAGUAAUUCCUUUCAGUGCUUUGCCGGAUAGUACAUUUCAGCAUAUUCUCAUGACAGAUGAAGAUGAUGAUGAGGACUUGUAUUGGAAAAAGGUAGAUUUAGGGGAUGUGAAGGAUGUUGAUGACUCACCAUUCAGUCAUGCUCCUUCAUUUAAGUUUCUUUCUAAUUCAUGGUAUAUACCAAAGGAAGACAAAGCAGUUGAUACAUCAGAUUUAGAAGUUGCAGAAGAUCCCAUGGACCUCCAAGGAAUAGACCUGAUUACAGCAGCGUUACUGUUUUGUCUGGGAGAUUCUCCAGGUGGGAGGGGUAUAUCUGAUAGCCGCAUGGUUGAUGUUUAUCACAUUGACUUUGGGACACAGACUUUCUCACUUCCAUCUGCAAUAUUAGCUACAAAUACAAUGGUUGGAGAAAUAGCUUCAGCUUCAGCAUGUGAUCAUGCCAAUCCACAGCUUUCAAAUCCAAGCCCCUUUCAGACACUUGGGCUGGAUUUAGUUUUGGAAUGUGUUGCUAGGUACCAGCCUAAGCAGCGUUCGAUGUUUACCUUUGUAUGUGGACAGUUAUUCAGAAGAAAAGAAUUUUCUUCCCAUUUUAAGAACGUACAUGGUGACAUUCAUGCUGGACUCAAUGGAUGGAUGGAACAGAGGUGUCCUUUGGCUUACUAUGGUUGUACCUAUUCUCAGCGUAGAUUUUGUCCAUCAACACAAGGAGCAAAGAUUAUACAUGACCGCCAUUUAAGGUCAUUUGGAGUUCAGCCAUGUGUAUCUACAGUAUUAGAAGAGCCUUCAAGAAACUGUGUGUUGGGAUUACGUAGUGACCAUCUAAGUAGUCUCCCAUUUGAGGUACUGCAACAUAUUGCAGGCUUUCUUGAUGGCUUCAGUUUAUGCCAGCUUGCAUGUGUAUCCAGGCUAAUGAGGGAUGUUUGUGGCAGUCUACUUCAGUCUCGUGGAAUGGUAAUAUUGCAGUGGGGGAAAAAGAAGUAUCCAGAAGGAAAUUCAUCAUGGCAGAUAAAAGAAAAGGUAUGGCGAUUCAGUACUGCAUUUUGUUCUGUUAAUGAAUGGAAAUUUGCUGACAUCCUAAGCAUGGCUGAUCACUUGAAGACUUGCAGUUACAAUGUUAUAGAGAAACGGGAGGAAGCAAUCCCAUUGCCAUGUAUGUGUGUGACUCGAGAACUUACUAAAGAAGGACGUUCACUGCGCUCAGUUUUAAAACCCGUGCUUUAAAACUGUAUUUACUUGCACAUACAUGCAAGCACCUGGUAUGAGUUCUUUGUAAUAUGUGACACUUAUUAAUGUAUUAAAGACUACAACUAGCUAAAUUUAUUGUCACUAUGUACAUACUGUUUUGCAGUGACAUAUAUUUUUAUAAUGUACUGUUAGUUGGAAAAAAAAGUUGCCUUAAUAUUUGAAAUGUGUGAAAUUGUUGGAACAUUGAUAGACAGGGUAAUCUAAUCUUUAUCUGCAUAUUUUUUCAAAUUAAUAAUUUUAAUGGUGUGCAUAUUUAAGUUCUGAAAAUUUUUGCUUUUCAAACUAAAAAGGAUUUCAUCAAAAAAUUAAUUUUAUAUGUUUCCUGUGGGUUGAAGCCCAUAUUAUCAAAAGCAAAACUUUGAUUCAGAUUUUUCCUGCAUAGAUUUUUUUUCCACAGAACACAUUCAGUUGUUUAAACACUGCCAUAAGAUUGUUAUGAAGUAUUUCUGAUACUUUUCUUUUGUAAUUAUUGAUCAUAUGUGAUCUCCAGUACUUACAUAAAGGCACAAUAAUGACUUCAUGCAUUUAAAACAACUCACAAAAAUGUUUUCAUCCUCUUUUCUUACUAGUCUUAUGCUGAAACUGAUCAUAUGCAGUUCUUUUUCAUUAAAUUCCUUAUCUGAGGAGUCAUGACACAAUGUAUUAUAUGACAGAUUAAGUAAAAACAAAGCAAGCCUAUGAAUUUAACUUGAAAUUUUCAUGGUGUUUUAUAUUUUCCUAGGUAUCUAAUGUUUGAAAAGAAAAUAUACCUCACUAUAAGUUUGAAUUUUGCAUAUUGUUUGAAUAAACUUCAAAUAUUCAGAAUACAAAGGGUUUGACUUUUUGAGGGGCCUUUAAAAUGUUCAUAUAAUGAACUAUAUAGGUCUAUAAAAAUACACUGGCAUUGUUUUGAGACUUUUAAAAAUGUGAAAAUUUGCAAGUUAACAUCAAGCAGAUACCUGUCUUGAUUGAUAAUCUUUUUGAAAUGUUUCCAGUUAUGCUUCACAUAUUUCUUUGUCAGAACAUAAGAAUUGUGUCUUUUUGUAAAGAUCAAGUGUAGUAAUGAAGUAGUCAAUAACCUACAGUUUUCAAAUACCAUAUUCACUUAAUGUGCUUACUUUAAAGAAAUGAACAUACAGUGUCAAUAUUUAGAAGUAAAUUCCAGAGGUAGAGACAUACAUAAUUUGUCCGGAUAAAUUCUGGCAUUGGUUAGCUGACAUGGUUAGUGAUGUUGAAAAUCAAUUGUGUCUUCUCUUUCUACAUUGUUUUGAGAGUACUUGGUGGUUACUGAUUCCUAUUUCCCAGAUAUGGUGGUCAGCCUGGGGAGAAGUGUCCUUGGGCAUUAAAGGUGGAAUCUCAGCUGCUUGAGAUUUGUUGGCAGCAUCAAGCCUUUAUUAGAGUUGAAAUGUGCAGUAGUAAAGACUAAUCACUUUUUUUGCCACACCUGUCAUUUAAGUUAGGAGAAUUUGUGAUUUUGGUGCUUAAACUUUCUUUUUCAACUGUGAGAUUAAAUUGCAUUAAACAAGGAAUAAUAAUAAUAAUAAUAAUAAUAAUAAUAAUAAUAACAACAACAACCUUUGUUUCUGCCAAAAGGUAGAAAUAGUAAUCAAAUAUGACAGGAUAUAACUUUGCUUUUUAAAUUUUUCUGAAGAAUGUGUCUAUAUUUAGGUAAUACAAGCAUUAACCUUUUGUUUUAUGUUUGUACUUUUUAAAUAUUCAUGAUUUGUAAAUUUAAAUCUACUUUCACAAUGAGAUACUUAACAUUUUUUUCACCUUUUCACCAAAUGAAAUGGAUAUUUUAAUAACAGCAUAUGUACAUGAAAACUUUUUCUAUUUACUUUUUUUAUUUUGUUCAAAUAAAUAUUUUUUGCAAUUUAUUCUGGGUGAAAAAGUGAUAGUUAAGCACUAGACAUAUAUCACAUUUGAAUUAAGCAUAAUUCAGCUGCUUUCUUAUUGUUGAAGUUAGCUUUACAUACCCAGAAAUGGACACUUAAUAUAACUUGAGUCUUACAACUACUGACAUGGAACAACAAUAUGGAAUUUUGCAUGAAAUUCUGGAUAGAAAAAGUAUUACUCAUUCUUCAUGGUAGUUAAUAUUUAAUUGCUGUUGGUAUCACUGCAUUUUAGCCAUCGGUCCUUCAUGUGGAGGCAACUUUGGGAGACACAGGAACUGAAAGCUCAAAAAAUUGCUUAAUGAAAUAAUUUUACUACUAAUAAAUAAAAUCCUAAAAACACAAUGACCAUAUUUUACAAAAACUGACAUGAACCAUGGUAAGUAAAGUAACAAUGUUAUAUUCUUAUUUAGGAAAAUACUAAGAAUUUAGGUGAAAGCAGAAGUUGAACAUUGUUUUUACAGGUUUGUAUAAUGUCAUAAAAAGUAUUCUUCUCUGGUUCGUGAAUGAACUUGUAUGAGUACUCUAAAGUACUAUGAAUUGCAGCCAAAUUAAAAAUCACUUAGAAGCUAAUGCAAACACUUUUCCAAGUUUUCCUCUAAUCAUGGGCAUUUUUUUCCCUAAAUGUAGUGAAAAUGCACCCUUUAAAAGAAAGUUAAAAUUUAGUUACAUUUAUUAAAUUAGGAAAAGGCUAUCUCUUAAAAAUGAAAGCUCUGGAACUUUAAAAAUGUAUAGAAUUUGUCUUUAUCAAAGUAUUAUUGUGUGUUUAACUUAAAAUGAGUAAGUUAACUGAACAACUUAGUAUUUCACCAAGGUAAAAAUAAGAAUUAUGUCAGAAACCUGAAAAACCUGAAACCCAAAGAAAAAACUAGCAUGACUAUGAGCCAGUAGCUGUCCAGACGUUAGAAUGUUAGAUGCUAGAUGUUAGAGUGCUUUAUUUCCUCAGAAUGCUUCUCAUUGUUCUCUUCUUUGCCCUCGUUAGACUGUUGCUACUAUUCGACAAUGAGUUUGUACUCUCUAAUCUUUCCAGAUAGAGAUGCUCAUAUUUUUCUGUUUCACUUUUAUUCCUGACUUGUUUUUUAAGAGUUCUGGUUGCAGAUUUGACAUUGGGGAGUUGCUACUGACUUGUGAGGGAAGGAUGAUUUUCCUCUUAUAUUCUGAAAAUGCUCUUGAGCUGCUCCUCUUGUCAUUCUCAUUCAAGGAUUGGUGGUGGGCCCCAAGUUGCAGCCACCAAAUUUUCUUAUAGAAGAAAACAUCUGUUGGGUCCCAAGUACCUUUGGAGUUUACAAUACAAGGGCACUCAGGGGCAUGUUUUCUGCUCCGUGGUUUUGGUCAAGAUGUGAUGUGCUUCAUUGUUUAAGAAAUUGUGUAUUGACCUCCUUUAGGUAUCUGUAGUCUUUCUCAGUUCAUUUGAUGAGUUUCUAUUUCCCAAUUUCCCCAGGGAACAGCCCUUAUGUUUUUCAUGUUUUACUUCAUUAAUACUUAAUCCAUUUCAGAGAUUUUAUAUCUCAGGUUUUGAAUUCUGAGUUCUGUCUGAUGACUGAAGAAGUAUGAUUUCUUAUUAAAUUCUCUAAAUUUUCUUGACCUGUUGCUUGUUUCUUACUUCAUUCAUUUCUUAGAUUUUUCUUUUCCAUUAUUUUCUAAGACAAAUUUCAAGUUAUGUUACUUCUUUAUUAUAUUGUUAGUUUUAAAAAAAACCUUAUUUUUUCAUUAAAAGUAAAAAUGAGCAUUUCUUUUUUGAGCUUGUUUAAGAUGAGAAGUUUCAGCGUCUGCUCACAUUUCCAUGUUCUGUGACUCCACUUCUUCUGUUUCUUGUAGCUCCUUUUACAUUUCACUAACCUUUUCAUGUUUUUAUUUUUUCUCUUAAGUAAUUUAUAGUGACUUGUUCUAUUAACACCUUAUAUGAAUGAACUACAUCUAGAUUUCCAAUACUCUUCCAAAAUCAUCAUAGUUCAUUUGAAAAUUUUUAAUUAACAUCAAAGUAUUUCAUAAUCAUGCAAUUCAUAAUUCGCAGAAUCUUAUUCAGUAACCCAUGGGUAGGCAUGAUGGUCAUCCACAUCAUUUAUGUGUUUUAUGACCAUAUUCUUUUCCUGAGUUGUCAUUGUUAUCCCGUGUCAUGUCCCACCCCCCCAUAGUCUGUCUUCUCAAGAGCAAAUUGCUAAGUACCAGUCUUUGCACACUUUUCUGCCUCCUGCUGUGAUCUCUGAAAGCCUGAGCUUGGGGACGAAGGGAUAUCCUGAGUUGUGUGCAUCUUCACCAGAUAUUAUUGUAUACUCUUUGUCAUCUAUUUCUGAGACCUCACAGGUCUCUUGGGGGUAAGAAGCAACAAUCUGUGUUCAGAUAUCCAGGUGAUUAUGAUACACCGUAAGAGGCAAUUUAAUUUUUUUUACAUCUUUUUUCCCCUUUUCCUUUUCUCCCACCAGUGCCUUCCAUGUACCUCUCUUGCUCUCUCUCAAAUUCAUGACCUCUUUUUCUUUUAAUUGUGUGUGUAUGUUCCUAAAUAUAUAAAUACAGCCUGCUCAGUCCACAAAUUUUACUUUUGUGUAUAUGAUUUCAGGGCUGACCACUUGGUAUUGGAAAACCAAUUGGGGCAUUUUUCCCUCGGGAAGACUUUCUCCCACUCUCAGUAUUCCUUAGUAAACUAGUUCUUUAUCUAUGGUUAAGGCCUCAUAAGCAAUCUUACUGGAAAGCCUGGGGCUUGCUGACUGUCUCUCCUUUGUUAUUCAGGUGAGUGUGUACAUAUUUGAAAUCCUAAAUGAACAGCCAUAAUUUAUUAAAAUUGUUUAAAUUAAAAAUAUAUACGUUAAUUUUCUAACCAUGUGAUAAAAUGCAUUGGGUACUAUAACUUGGUUUUUUUGUUAAAAAACAAAGCAAUAUUUUAAAUUUCCCUAGUUUCUUACUGGUGUUGAUUUCCUUUAAGGUAAAUUACUGUGUAAAUUUUAAUUCAUUAUCAGUAACCUUUAGCUGAGUAGUCUUGUUCUCUUUAAUGAUUGCAAAAUCACUAAAUUUUUAAAAGAAGGAAAGUGUAGAAGUAGAGAAAUACUGGAUUAAUCCUGUAAAGAUAUUUAAUGAUAAUCCCAUCAAUCCAAUCAGAAAUAUUAAGUGUAGGUAUCUGAUUUAUCAUGGUAUAGAAUCUGUUUCUAGGUCUUUGCCACCAUUUGCAUAUAUCAGUGUUGUAUUCUGUCCUUUCACAUUGAAUAUGCUAACCUUAAUAAUAUCGAAAAAUAAUGGUGUUUUCCACAAAGCCAGGUGUGGGAGGUUGUUACUAUAUUGAUAAGAGAUUUUAUUUGUAGAGGUUUGACUAUUGGAUUUUGGUGUAAAACAAAAUUUUUUGUUUAUGUAUUUUCCAUCCCCGACUAAAAGACAUGGGGUUUAUGCUUGCCUGGUUAUCUAAAUGUUGCUGUAAAUGGUCUUACCAUCUGUCUUCAUAACUAUGAAGCAGAGUUUUGGUUAUGCCCUUAAAACAAAAGUACUCAGGACUACCUCAUCCCAUUGUGUUUAAAAUAAUGUGCCAAUAGAGUAUUAAUCUAAACCUGGUUUCCAGAAAGAACAAAAAAAUAUUUCAGUGAAGCCUAAGUCAACUGAAGUCUUUCUAAAUUACAAGAACCUUUUAUAUAGCUAUUUCCUGUUAUUUAGAAAACUGUUUGAGAUCAUAGUUUUCAACUUCAAGUUUUAUGAUGAGAAUAUUGAGGCGUUCAGUCUAAUAGGAACGUGUCCUGACAGGGAUCUCUCUCGCAGAUGCAGAAAGAGAAGGGACAUUUAAGUAAAAGGAAGGAAGUUAUUGUUAUCUGAGUAUUCAGUUCUUACUGUUAGGGAAAGAAUUUUGUGUAAUACCAAAGGAAAUACACUAACGGAGUGUGGUAUGUUACUUUGGAAACUCUUCCUAAAACUGAGGUGUUUUACUAAAGGUUUGAAGAAUGUUGCUUCAUCUGUGGCUGAAAAAAUAUAGAUGUUAACUGCAUAUAUGUAAAUGUGCCUGACAUCUAAUCUUCAUAAUUGAUCAUCUUGAGGUUUGUUACCUUAGAACAUUUCAAAAUUUUCUAGUUGGAUUGAUGUUCCAUUGUAUUAGGUGUAGAGUGACUUGGCCUUAAUAAACUACAGAGAAGUAAAUUUGGAUUACAAACAUGGCUCAUUAGCAUACUGUAAGAAUACAGUAAAAAUUUAUUGAUACAGACCUCUAAAAUAAUUUUUCAGUCCUUUGUUAUGCUGUAUUGAAGUUUCCAUUGUUAAGACAAGGAAAAAUAUUUCAGAGCAAAUUGACAAGGGAAAUAAAUGGUUUCAUUUUCAUUAAUACUAAUACAGUUUUUAGCAUCUCCAAAAUCAUUUUACUAACACAUUUGCAUGAUUAUGUUAGAUAAUGGCUGUUCUGUCGAUAGUUCUAGUGGUGGUGUUAUUUCAUGUGUUGGAAGUAAUAAAAUGACAUUUCAGUUGAA